UUUAUUUUUUUGACUAUGCUUGGCGUUUUCGAGAGUCUUAAAGGUCUUCUAAAGGCACAUUCAGUAUGUAUAGACGGUCCCGCUUUUCGACUUCAUUAUCGUUGUACUGUAUUAAUUCUUUUGAGCGCUAGUUUGUUGUUGUCCUGUCGGCAAUAUUUUGGGGAUCCUAUACACUGCAUUCAAAAAGAUGUAAAACGAAUCGAUGCUGUCGAAAAUUUUUGUUGGAUUCAUUCUACGUUUACCCUGCCUCAUGCUUGGAAUAAAACUGUAGGAGUGAGUGUUCCUCAUCCAGGUAUUGAUACUCAUAAGGAAGGACAAGAUAAAUUGUAUCAUGGUUAUUACCAAUGGGUUGCUCUGGUCCUUCUUUUACAAGGCAUAUUAUUCUAUAUGCCUCGAUAUGUUUGGAAACUGUGGGAAAAGGGUAUUAUGAAAUCCUAUGCCUUAGAUUUGAAAAAUCCUUUGUUACCCACUUCUGAAAGUAAAAAAAGUUACCAGUUGUUGACACAUUCCUUGCAUAUUCAUUGGGGUCAUAAUAAAAGUUACUUCAGGAAAUACAUAUUUUGUGAAAUCUUGACGCUACUAAAUGUUAUCUUCCAGAUGUUUCUUCUUGACAAAUUUUUGGGUGGUGCAUUUACUACAUUUGGUAUUGAAGUAGUAAAAUGGACCGACUGGGAGCAAGAUUACAGGACUGAUCCUCUGGUCAAAAGAUUUCCCCGAAUGACAAAAUGUGUGUUUUAUGAUUAUGGCUCAUCUGGUGAUGUUCAGAAAGUAGACGCCCUCUGCCUCCUGCCAAUGAAUAUACUUAAUGAAAAGAUUUUUGUAUUUCUUUGGUUCUGGAUGGUGUUUUUGUGUGUGGUCUCUGCUAUUACCUUAUUCUACCGUUUUCUCUUAGCUGCAAUGCCUAUGCUUAGGUACUGCGUAUUGGUAACCAGGGCCCCACAAGCUAGCAAGGGAGCCCUUGAUAGACUGGUGGGAUCAUCUGGCUUGAGUGACUGGUUUGUGCUUUAUUUACUCUCGAAGAACAUUGAUUCCACCCAUUAUCGUGCUAUUGUAUCACAUUUAGCUGCUGCAAUGGAGCAAAAUGGAUAUGUUCCAAGACCAUCUUCCUCGAAAGACAACACGACAUAUGUCUGA